AUGAGCACGACUGAAGAUCCUAAUGCUGAAACUCAAGUAGCCAAUGACGGUGGUGAGGGCAAGCAAGCUUUGUCAAAGGCACAAAAGAAAAAAGCUAAGGCCAAGGCAAAGCAACCAGAAGAAAUUAAAUAAGAAACAACAAAUGCAGCUGGUGGAGAUGCAGAGGAGACAAAAGAAGAGAAAGCUGGAGGCGGAGCAAAAGCUAAAAAAGGCAAAAAAGGAGCAGCCGCUGGUAGAUCAGCUGUAGCUCUUUUGGCUUAACAGAGACUGAAAGAGAGGCAAGAGGAAGAGGAGAGAAUUAGAUUAGAAGAAGAAAGAAUUAGAAAGGAAGAAGAAGAACUCGAAAGAAUAAGAUUAGAGGCAGAGAGGAUAAAAAAGGAAGAGGACGAAAGAAAGAAGAAAGAGAAGAGGGAUAAGAUUGAAGAGUUAAAAAAGGAAGGAAAGUAUUUAACUAAAGCUUAAAAAUUAAAGUAAGAGGAGACUAUGAGAAGAAGACAGCAACUCAUUGACGCUGGAAUGGUUAAAGCAGAUGCAUUUGAUGAUGAAAAUGAGGAAGAGAAAAAGCCUAAGUCUAUGAUAGUGAGAAAUAAAAAGAAGAAGGAUAAGAAGAAGAACGAGACUGUAGAUACUACAGCAACUGGAGAUCAAUCAGAGAUCCAUGCCAAUGAUAACAAUGAGGGAUAUUCUUAAGAUCUUUCUCAGAGUACCUAGGAAUAAAGUUAGAUUGAAACUAGCACUAAAAAUGAAGAGUAAAAAGAAGAGGAGGAAGAUGUCAUUGACGAUUGGGAAAAUGCUGAUGUUGAUGAGAUUACUUCUAAAAUUGUAUCAAAGAGUGCGAAGCAAUAAUCUACUAAUGGAGGAAAGGCUAUUAGAGAAGACGAGGAAGAAGAUAAGUUUAAUGAUCUAGAUUCAAAGUAAGAAUCUAAGGUAGUAAAGGAUGCAGGAAAGCAAAAGUCUUCAAAGGUUGCUACAAAGGAAGAAGAGAAAGUUGUUGAUAUCUUUUCAAGAGCUGCAGAAUCAUAAACUCAACAAUAACUUAUUAGAAAGCAGUAGAGACUAGCAGAAAUAUAAGCAAAAAGAGAUGAAAGAGAAUAAUAAAAGCAAGACAGGCUCAAAAGAAAGAAGGAUAUGCAAUAGAAACUGAGAUGCCCAAUCAUCUGUAUUUUGGGUCAUGUAGAUACUGGAAAAACUCUUAUCCUAGAUAAAUUGCGACGAACAAAUGUGCAAGCUGGAGAAGCUGGAGGUAUUACAUAGUAAAUAGGUGCUACAUAUUUCCCAGAAGCUGCACUUAAAGAGCAUCAAGAAAAAUGUAAGGGAAGACUAGAUAUCGAAUUACAGAUUCCAGGCUAUUAAAUCAUUGAUACUCCAGGUCACGAGUCCUUCACAAAUCUUAGAUCAAGAGGUUCAAAUCUUUGUGAUAUUGCUAUUCUUGUAGUCGAUAUCAUGCAUGGAUUGGAAAAGCAGACCCUUGAGUCAUUGCAACUAUUGCUAAACAAAAAGACUCCAUUUGUAGUAGCGCUAAACAAAAUUGAUCGUAUCUAUGAGUGGAAAUCAAAGGAAUACAACAAUGUUAGAGAUUCACUAGAAGUAUAAGAACAUCAUGCUAUCGGUGAAUUCAAAGAGAGACUCAAUAAGACUAUUCUUGAAUUUGCUGAACAAGGUUUAAAUUCUGCUCUCUAUUGGGAAAAUCCAAACCCAUAAGAGUACAUCAGUCUAAUUCCAACUAGUGCAAUUACCGGAGAAGGUCUUCCUGAUCUUAUGAUGUAUAUCAGUUAACUCUGCCAGACUGUACACAGAGAAAAGCUCAGAGAAAAGGAAGAAUUCGAGUGUUCAGUUCUCGAGGUCAAGGUUAUUGAAGGUCUCGGUACAACAAUUGAUGUCAUACUUGUGAAUGGUCUUCUUAGUGUUGGAGAUACUAUAGUUUUAUCUGGAUUUAAUGGUCCUAUAGUCACUAAUAUAAGGGCUUUAUUGACUCCUUAGCCAAUGAGAGAAAUGCGUGUUAAAGGAGAAUAUAUGCAUCACCAGAGUAUUCAUGGAUCUAUGGGUAUUAAGAUCUCUGCUAAUGGACUAGAAAACGCCAUUGCAGGUUCUGAGCUUUUCAGAGCAGCUAAUGAGGAAGAAGUUAUACAUUACAAGGAACAAAUUGCUGAUGAUCUUGUUGACAUCAUGGACAAAUAUGUUGACAAGACAAGUUCAGGAGUCUGCGUGCAAGCCAGUACUCUUGGUUCAUUGGAAGCGCUCUUGGAAUUCUUGAAAUAAAUGAAGAUUCCAGUUACAGCUAUUAACAUCGGACCAGUUCACAAAAAGGAUGUUCUCAAGGCAAUGAAAUCAAUCGCAGGAGAUAUAGUUGAAAAAGAAUAUGCAACUAUUUUGGCUUUCGAUGUGAAAGUUACACCAGAGGCACAACAGUUUGCUGAUGACAAUGGCAUUAAGAUAUUCACAGCUUAAAUUAUCUAUCAUUUGUUCGACUCCUUCGAGGAGUAUGUUAAGAAGUGCAGAGAUGAUAGAAAGUCAGAUGAAGGUGGCAAAGCUGUCUUCCCUUGUCUACUAGAAAUAGUAAAAGGUGCAAUUUUCAACAGCAAAAAUCCAAUUAUCAUUGGUGUUACUGUUAAAGCAGGCAUCUUAAAGAUAGGUACUCCUCUUUGUAUACCAGAGAAAGGCAAUCUCAGAAUAGGGCACGUUGAGUCUAUUGAGCUAAACAGCAAGCCAGUUCAAAUGGCUAUGCCUAAACACGGAAGUGUUGCUGUAAAGAUAUCUGGAGAGUCUUAGGUAAUGAUUGGCAGACACUUUGAUGAAAGCAACCAAAUUGUGUCUAUCUUGACAAGAGAUUCAAUCGACUCAUUAAAGCAAUAUUUCAAGGAUGACUUAAGCAAAGAUGACUGGAAGUUGGUUAUUCAACUAAAGAAAAUGUUCGGUAUUCCCUGA